UGAACUCGGGACCUUGUACAUUUGAGGCAGGCAGCAGUACCACUGAGCUAAAUCCCUGGCCUCUUUUCCUAUAACUAUAAAAUCUCAUAAAAGAAAGAUGAUUGGCUCCAACUGAGUCACAUGACAGUUCUUUGGGCCAAUCACUAAAGACAAGGUGGUUACAGGGUGCUAUGAUUGGUCAGUGUCGGUCAUGUGUCUACCCUUCCAGCCAGAGUGAAAGUGAGGGACUAUGUUGGACAAUCUGGCCUAGCCAAUGGGGAAGGCGGUAGGUCAAGACUAUCAUGGCAGAUUAGACUACCAUGGCAAGGGAAGGUGGGCUGGGCCACCCCAGCAGCCUGGAUGUACACAGGAUCACCUCAUGGCUGCUUUUGCUGGGUGGGGUGUGUGUAGUUUGCAUGAAUACAGUGAUGGGAAUACACUAGGUGCUCAGGACAUCUCAGCUGUGAAUGUGCGUCGGGGCGUUCCAUGUGGCAGGUGUGUGUGGGGAGGGCAAAGGGACUGCUGAGCCUGGGCGUUACACAGGAGUGGCUGCCUGGGUCAGGGUCCCUCCCUGGGUACCACAGCCCUGCGGUGCCCCACACUGGGUGCCCUUGCCUGCACUUGGUCACAUGCAUGCAUGUGUGUUGGCGUCCUGUCCCACGCACACACAUUAAACAAGUGUGGGGGUUAGGGGGACGGGACAGGAGGACCUUGCCCAGGGUCUGGGGCUGGAAUCUGGGGGUGCGGGGCACUUUGGGGGCUGUAGAGUGAGUGGAGGCUCUGCGGUUGAGUGUGAGCAGGGAGGGAGAGGCAGUGACCACCCACUCUGCUUGAGUCCUCUCCAGUCACUGAAGUGGUUCAGACUCAAGGUAAGAGGCCUUGCUUUGAACUUGUUGCUCACAAGCUGUUGCCAGGCAACAGCCCAUGACCACCAGGCCCUGGACGAGAAUUCUGCAUCAGCAUUGGUGUCGUAGAGAGGAGUUGGGCCUGUGGCAGAGGAAACCAAAGCCCCCAGAUCUUUGAGAGCCUCUUCACCUAGAAGGCAUGAUGGAGGCCACUGUCCCACAGGAAGGUGACAGCCUGCCCGCCAUGACACUGCAGAUGCACAAGAAAACUCUGGAAGCAAUGAGAUCCCACUCUAUAAUAUGAAGAGCAUCCUGGAGUCCUGCAGGGUCAGGACCUGCAAUCCUGGUGAGAACUUCGGCUGAGUCCAUUACAAGGCUGCGGGGUGGGUUGGGGGGACACGGCAUGUGCCUUCAAGUCUUGUUAGGGGCUAGACUGUGUCCCCCACAUUUGAAUGUUGAAGUCCUAGACCCCAGAACCUCAGAAUGAGAACAUAUUUGGAAAUAAGAUUUGUGAAGCAGGUAUAAGAAGUUAAGAUGAGGCCACAUUUAGGAUGGACCUUUUAAUCCAGUGAUUUGGUGUCCUUAAGGAAGUGGGCGGGCACAGUGACACGUGUCUAUAAGCCCAGCUUCUCAGGAGGCUGAGGCAGGAGGAUUGCAGGUUCAAGGCCAACUUGAGAAAUUUAGCAAGUAUCAAAAUAUAAGUUUAAAAAGAGCUGUGGAUACAGCUCAGUGGUUGUGAUUAUCUAGCAUGUAGGAGGCCCUGGAUCUGAUCUCCAGUACUGGGGGGGGGCAACAAAGUAGAAGGAGGAGGAGGAGAAGGAGGGGGGUUGGACAAUUUGGACAGAGUCACACAAGGAGAAGGCCACCUAAGCAUGAGGGGCGAUGUUUCUCCAGGCCAAGGGAUGACAGGGAUUGUCCACAAACCUCCAGAACCAGGAGUGAGGAGGGAACUGGUUCCUUAGAAUCCUCCAGAGGAAGCAACCUCGGCGACACCUCGACCUUGGGCCUUCCUUCUCCGGGGCUGUGAGACGACACGUUUUUGUUUAAGCCACUCAGCUUUUGACACUUUAAGGUCAACGAACACCAUUUCCCACUUGCCACACGUGGUUCCCAGAGGUCCUGUUGAACCCCUUCAUCCCCUCAUUCAAAUAUUCAUCACGUGCUGCCCAUUCCAGAGGCAGAGGGCACAGAAGGGCAAGGCCUGCUUUCUAGGUGCUACAGAAAUGACAGCAGCUUUAAGUACUUGGACUCCAGGACUGUUGAGGUUUGAGUCCUGGCUCAUCCAUUUGCUGUUUGACUUUGAGCCAGUUAAUUAACCUCUCUGUGUCUCAGUUUCCUCUGAGAUGAAGAUGAAAGCCAACGUCCCUGCUGUCAGGAGACUGGAAUGAGUUAACAUUUGCAAAUGGAGCAGUGCCCCACGUGCUGUAGGUCCGCGGAAGCGUUCACCAGACAAGACACUGCUUUGAUCCAAGCUAGGACCAUUCUGGGGUAUGGCAGAGCUCCACGGGGGCGGGGUGUUGGGGGCACGUGGCAUCGCUGCCUGCUUUCUGCUUUAACAGCCAGGAAAUGUGUCAAUAUUUGCUCAUGGGGACUGCCAGGGCCUGCAUGUGGUCCCCAUGCCCAGGACCACGGUUGUCUGAGUUUCCGACACGGCUUCUGCCUGACCCUAAUAAAUGGCCCCUAUUAUGGCGAGAACAAGGCAAACACAGCACUUGUUUAUCUGAGUGCAGAAGUGGGUGGGCGCCUGGUCACAGAAUCAGGUUUGGACCCCAGUGCCUUCAUUUCUUAGCUCUGAGUGUCUUUGGGCCAGCCUGGGGAUGCCUUGGAGCUUAGUCUCCUCAUCGGUAAAAUGGCUUCCACACCGGCCUCCCGCAAGACUGCCCCUGGGUCUGGAAGGCAAGAUGGCCCUUUUCAGCUCUAUGCACUAUGUCCUGCAGGGGGCGCUGCAGGACAUCAGGGCAUGUUCCGCAGCUCCUCUUGGUCGUCCGGACUCGGUUCUAUUCGGCCACUCUCGGCUCUAUUCGGUUGGAGAUGCCUGGAGUCGGCCAGACUCGUCUCUUUUCGGCUAUACUCGGCUCUGCUCGUUCACGAGUUCGGCCCUGGACCCUCAAAGACCUCUCCCCAGUCACCAUGGGGACAACCACCCUGCAUCCCCUCUGGGCAGUGCUCCUGCUCCCUCUCCUGGUGUCUGGGGUCCCCACUGAUGAGCCCACCUCUGGGGAAGCCAAGGCCCCCAGCCUUCCUGGCGGCUGCCGACGGUGCUGUGACCCCAAGGAUGCUCUGACUCCUGCCGGUGCUGCAGAUGCCACCUCUCCAUCCGCCCUCCCCUAUGCCCUGCCUGAGGUCAGGCCCUACAUCAACAUCACCAUCCUGAAGGGUGACAAAGGGGACCGAGGUCCGCUGGGCACGCCAGGAAAGCUGGGCAAGGAGGGCCCCCGAGGGGACCGAGGCCUGCAGGGCCUCAAGGGUACCAAGGGGCAGGCGGGCAGCCCAGGCAGCCCGUGCCGCACGCGCUCCUCGGCCUUCUCAGUGGGCCGCAAGGCCGCCCUGCACAGCAGCGAGGACUUCCAGCCGCUGCUGUUCGACACCGUCUUCGUGAACCCCGACGGGCACUUCGACAUGGCCGCCGGCCACUUUGUCGCGCCCCUGCGCGGCCUCUACUUCUUCAGCCUCAACGUGCACAGCUGGAACUUCAAGGAGACGUACGUGCACGUGGUGCACAACGAGGAGGCGGCCGUCAUUCUGUAUGCGCAGCCCAGCGACCGCAGCAUCAUGCAGAGCCAGAGUGUGAUGCUGGCCCUGGCGCCAGAUGACCGGGUCUGGGUGAGGCUCUUCAAGCGAGAGCGUGAGAACGCUGUGUACAGCGACGACGUGGACACGUACAUCACCUUCAGCGGCCACCUCAUCAAGCCCGAGGACGACUGAGCACCUCAGUCACCCUCCUGGCUGGUGACUCAGGUGCUGGACGGCUGUGAGCUGGUCCCGCCUGCAGGGCGGGAGGCCUGACUUCCUCUGCUUUCCUUACCGCCCUUAUCCCUCCUGGUCUGCUUCUGCCCCUCCUUCCUCUCUGGCAUUCAUUUCCAGGAACUUUCUAAUCUCCAAACUCUGGAACUUGCCUAGCUUCACAGCCCGGCCCUCUCACACUUGAAUGUGUGCAUCUGUCUCCUGAGGAUCUUGUGAAAAUGCAGAUCCUGAUCCAGCUGGUCUGGAGUGGGCCCAGGAUUCUGCAUUUCUGACAAGUUCCUAGGCAGUGCUGAAAUUCCUGGUUUAUGGACCAUACUCGAGUGAUCAGUGCUCUAAUCUGGUACUUUCUGAACAUUCUAGUACAUUCUAGAACUUUCUGAAUAUUCUAGUAUAUACUAGUACUUUCUGAAUAUUCUGGAAUCGUCUAGGCACUUUGGGAUUCUUAAUAUUGUCAAAUUCUUUCAUCACUGCAGGACUCCCCUCCAUGUCCUCUGCUCUUUCCUUCCUGUCCUACUCUUCUCUUUACUGCCAUAUCUGCAGGGGCCAUUCGUUUAUUCAUUCAUCAAACACUGAGCAUUUGGUCUAUGCUUAGCCCCAAGAGAGCAGAGACAAAUCACACACAGGCCCCGUACCUAGCUCUGCUCUUGGUGAGCACCCAGUCCAGCCUGGGUGGUGGUGGGGCAGACAUCAACGAGCACACAGAUUUGAAUCAAGACCCAGAGAUAGGCCUGUGCUCUGGGUGCUCAGUUUCCUCAUUUCCCAUUGCUCCCUGGUGCACAGGGUCCCUGAGGUGAGGGUGCUGUCCCCUUUCCACUUCUGUACCUUCCUGCCCGCUCCCAUCAUUAAAGCAACCCCCAGAGGAACCCUGGCUAGGUCAAGGGUUCUGUGGGAGAGGGCUCAGGAGUCUGGGAGCAUUUGGGGCCAAAGGAGCCCCUGGGGAAUGGAGCCCAGAUUCCUAGCAGCCCACACAGCUUACGGUGGCCUGUGGUGACUCUGGCCCUCCCUACCACAACUCUCCCAUCCACCCCAGGGCUCCCUAGGGCCUUGCUCAGCCCCUCUUGUCAGUCAUGAUUCCAGCUGCUGUCGGACAUGGAUGUCUGUCCCAGGUGCUCUCUGACCUCUCUGGCCGCUCUCACCAGCCCAGUGCCCCUGACUUACCGGGCUUUCUCAAGGUGCUAAGGCCAGGUGGGCAGCUCCUGCCAUGCUGCCCUUCCUGGUGGUGCUGCCCUGACAGGCGCAAUGGGUAUUGGGCCAGGACGAAGGCAGUGGCCUGGGAGCCCUCGGCAGGUCUGUAGAGGUGACACGGGACACAUUCAGGUCACUGCGGACCUCCCUUGAGCUGUGCUGCCAAGCCAGGUCCCGGGAGCAGUCUCUGUCCUUUCCUGGGUUGUGUGGCCACCAGUCUUCCCCUCUCCCUCCAGGUGGCCUGACCCUCUCCCCAGAAGGUCACAGCUGCUGGCCAUUGGGUGCUUCUUCUGCAGACUCUGGGGCACAGGGGGCCCUGGGGCAAGCUCUGGUGCUCACAGCCAAGGGAGCCACGGCCACCAAGGCUGGUGCUAUAAGUCACCCCUGGCUGGCCCACACCCUGUUGUGCUUGUCUGUGUGAUUAAAGGAUGCUGUGUCCC